AUUCAACGUAACGGUAGAACACAAUUGUUUGGCAAUUAAUAAGGAAUGUGGUAGAGAAUGAAUUGUUCUGUUGGGUCGACUCAUCUCGAAGGAAUGGACUACAUUAAUGAAUAUUACGAACUGAUAUUUAUCAAAUGGGCAGAUGAGAGGACGGCAACUUUGCCUUUGAUGAGUUCUCCUUUCCCGAUAUUUGGCCUUCUAAUCACCUAUCUUUACGUCGUUUUUAUUUAUUUACCCAACUACAUGACACAUAAGAAACCAUACAGCCUCAAAGGCUAUCUUACUGUUUACAAUUUAUUUCAGGUGAUAGCCUGCUGUGUAUUAAUUUAUGGGAUUAGCACCGCGGGAUGGACGACUCAUUAUACCUUAGGCUGUCAGGAAGCAGAUUUCUCAAGUGAUCCAUUAGCACUUCGUAUGGCUCAAUACCUUUGGUUAACGUUCAUUAUGAAAGUGGUAGAACUUACGGAAACAUGUGUAUUUGUUUUGAGGAAGAAAGCGAACCAAGUGUCAUUUCUGCAUGUUUAUCACCAUAUCAGUACAGUACUUUACACUUGGUUUCUGGUUAAACUUUAUCCAGGAGGAAUGGCUUCGUUUCCCGUAUUGCUCAACUUAUACGUUCAUAUCAUCAUGUACACCUAUUACUUCAUAUCGUCUCUGGGUCCAGAGAUGCAGCAAAAAUUAAAAAGUGUUAAGUCAAGGGUAACUCAAAUUCAAAUGAUACAACUGGUCGUAUCAGCAGUCUAUUUGACUCAAAUAUUAUCGCCAUCUUGCAAGGUACCUAUUAUGCUAUUUUGUUUUGGCGUACCCAAUCUCAUAAUUAAUUUAACAUUAUUUUUGGAUUUUUAUGUCAAAGAUAACCAAAAACACGAUUAGUUCGUUGUACCAAUCCUUUACAAUUAGUCUUUCGUACAAACUUACACACUUUUGACACCAUUACCAUGUCAUAUACAUUGGCCAUAGUAACGAAUAUAGACCGCCACAGUGGCCUUUCCUUCACCUCAACGUCUCGGAUAUUACAAC